AUGGCUGCCACAACCAGGACCACCCAGCACGCCCUGAGAAGCCUUCGUGCUGCUUCGUCAACCCGGCCCUAUGCCUCCUUGACCCUUCGGACGUACGCCUCCUCUGCCGAGCCCGACCUCAAGGCUACGCUUCAGUCUGUCAUCCCUGAGAAACGAGAAUUGCUCAAGCAGGUCAAGAGCCAUGCCGACAAGAAGAUUGGAGACAUUACUGUCGGCCAAGUCAUCGGCGGCAUGAGAACAAUGAAGUCCAUGGUUUGGGAGGGUAGCGUGUUGGACGCCAAUGAAGGCAUCCGCUUCCACGGCCGAACCAUCGCCGACUGCCAAAAGGAGCUCCCCAAAGGCACCUCUGGGACCGAGAUGUUGCCUGAGGCCAUGUUCUGGCUCCUUUUGACCGGCAAAGUCCCUUCCACCUCCCAGGUUCGAGCCCUCUCGCGCGAGUUGGCCGAGAAGUCGGACCUCCCACCCCAUGUCGUCUCUAUGCUCCGCUCAUUCGACAAGAAUGUCCACCCAAUGACGCAGCUGUCGUGCGCCGUUGCUGCUCUCAACACCGAGUCCAAGUUCGCGAAGAAGUAUGCAGAGGGUCUGAACAAGGCGGACUACUGGGAUUCGACCUUUGACGACAGCAUCAACCUUCUCGCCAAGCUGCCUCGUGUGGCUGCGGCAAUCUUUGACAAGUCUGCCCUCGACCUGCCCUUGGACCUUGACCAGGACUGGGCUUACAACUUCGCGAAACUCCUCGGGAAGCCAGGGAAGGAGAACGAGGGCUUCCAGGACUUGCUUCGUCUUUACCUCGCACUUCACGGAGAUCACGAGGGUGGCAAUGUCUCGGCUCACGCAACUCACCUGGUCGGGUCUGCUCUUUCUGAUCCAUUCCUGUCGUACUCUGCUGGCUUGCUGGGUUUGGCCGGACCUCUGCACGGUCUUGCUGCCCAGGAGGUGCUUCGCUGGAUCUUGAAGAUGCAGGCGCAAAUCGGUGAAAACUUCUCUGACAAAGAUGUCAGAGACUACCUCUGGGCAACUCUUCGCUCCGGCCAGGUUGUCCCGGGCUACGGUCACGGUGUGCUCCGCAAGCCUGACCCACGAUUCAAGGCAUUGAUUGACUUCGGUGAUGCCCGUGAGGACAUUGCAAACAAUCCCGUCUAUCGGCUGGUCAAGAAGAACAGCGAGAUUGCGCCUGGCGUCUUGACCGAACACGGCAAGACCAAAAACCCUCAUCCCAACGUCGACAGUGCUUCGGGUGUUCUCUUCCACCACUACGGCUUCCAGGAUCCCUUGUACUACACUGUCACUUUUGGAGUCAGCAGAGGUCUUGGUCCUUUGGCGCAACUGAUCUGGGAUCGUGCUCUGGGCAUGCCAAUUGAGCGACCCAAGAGCAUCAAUCUCGACGGACUCUUGAAAUUGGUGUAA